AGGUGCCCGUCGGCCUCCGGAGAGGAGGACCCCCGCUCUCCCCCUGCCGAGAGGGCCCUGACGGGGCCUGGAGGGGGCCGCCAUGCGUCUCCUGCGCUGCCUCAUGAAGGGCCAGUCGGCGCUGGCCGGGGCGCCCAAGUACAUCGAGCACUUCAGCAAGUUCUCGCCGUCGCCGCUCUCCAUGAAGCAGUUCCUGGACUUCGGCUCCAGCAAUGCCUGUGAAAAGACCUCCUUCACUUUCCUCCGCCAAGAACUUCCCGUCCGGCUGGCCAACAUCAUGAAGGAGAUCAACCUUCUCCCGGACCGUGUGCUGAGCACCCCCUCCGUUCAACUGGUGCAAAGUUGGUAUGUGCAGAGCUUGCUGGACAUCAUGGUGUUCCUGGAUAAGGACCCUGAGGACCAAGGGACCCUGGGACAGUUCACGAACGCCCUGGUCACAAUCCGCAACCGUCACAACGACGUGGUCCCCACCAUGGCACAGGGAGUGAUCGAAUACAAGGAGGCUUAUGGGGACGACCCUGUUUCCAACCAAAACAUCCAGUACUUCCUGGACCGCUUCUACCUUAGCCGCAUCUCCAUCCGUAUGCUGAUUAACCAGCACACCUUGAUCUUCGACGGCAGCACCAACCCGGCCCAUCCCAAGCACAUUGGCAGCAUCGAUCCCCACUGCAAUGUCUCGGACGUGGUCAGAGAUGCUUACGACAUGGCCAAGCUGUUGUGUGACAAAUACUACUUGGCUUCUCCUGACCUGGAGAUCCAGGAGGUGAAUGCCACUGGAGCAAGACCUCACCCAUGGCCUACUAACCAGAUUGACCAGUCCAUCCUCAUGGUCUACGUCCCAUCUCACUUGUACCACAUGCUCUUUGAGCUCUUCAAGAAUGCCAUGAGGGCCACUGUAGAAAGCCACGAGUCCAGCCCCACGUUGCCACCCAUCAAGGUGAUGGUGGCCUUGGGGCAAGAGGAUCUCUCCAUCAGGAUGAGCGACCGAGGAGGUGGGGUUCCCCUCCGCAAGAUUGAACGGCUCUUCAGCUACAUGUAUUCCACAGCACCCAAACCGGAGCUGGGCACUGGUGGGACGCCACUGGCUGGCUUUGGCUAUGGACUGCCUAUUUCCAGACUCUAUGCCAAGUAUUUUCAAGGUGACCUUCAGCUCUUCUCCAUGGAGGGUUUUGGGACAGAUGCAGUCAUCUAUUUGAAGGCCUUGUCAACGGAUUCGGUGGAGAGGCUCCCAGUGUACAACAAGUCAGCGUGGCGCCACUACCAGACCAGCCAGGAGGCCGAUGACUGGUGCGUGCCCAGCACGGAACCCAAGAACACCUCCACCUACCGGGUGACCUAAGCCAAGCCUUCGGGUGUUAAGAAGGAAAGGGUUCACGCCCCGCCUUCAACAUGGAAAAGCCAAACUUUGGUGAGGGGAGAAAGACCAAUGAGCAUCACCAGCGCAAACCCACUUCAUGUUUGAGAGCUCAGCGGACCUUUCCUGUUGGCUGGCCUGGCCGAUGCGCCAGCGAUUCAGGAGCCUGAUUACUUUCUCAGAUGUGUUUUUGGAAGUAUGUAGAAUAGAUCUCUUUUACCGUAUCACCCUAAACCUGCAUGGAACUUCUCCCUGCUGCACCCCCAGUCCUGUCCUUUGGUCUAGCGGCCUGGAAUGGGCCUUCCUGUGGGGGUGGGGGUGGGGGUCUGUUUUUAUCAUAUUUAGUUUUUGCUCACAGCACUUUUAUUACUCCUGGACCAUAAAAUGGAAGGGUUUUUAGAGCUUUGGAGGGCUGGGCAUUAACAUUCGGAGAGGAAUCGAGGGGGAUCUGCAAAAGAGAAUGACGGCUGGAAUUGACAUGUGUGGGCUGAUGGUGUUAAGCUUCCUGAUGCGGAGAGGAUAGCUCAUGGCAGGGGGUGGGGGUGGGGCGGGGAAUGUAGAAAACGUAACACAUGAGAAUGGCCCAGUUGGAUACACUCAGGGUAAGUCAGAGAAAAUUGAGGACAGGGUUGCUUUUCAGUGCAAGCACCAGGAGAGCAGAAUAGCACGUGCCUCUUCUUGCAUUAUGAUCUGUGUGCUUUACCCAAGACAUAUAUGAAUGUUCAAGUUGCUAAAUACUGGCAAUUUUAACAGUGGGAGGAGCUGUAUCCAAACUAGGGACAAACUUUAGAAGUGCAAUAGGACACAGGGAGGCUUAAGGGAGUUGGCUGGGCCAACCUUAGUUGGAGGGCUCAGCAUUUCUUUUCUUGGCCUUUGUGGGGUCCCUGAUCAUCUGGUUUGUUCACCGUGGACAGAAAUUUGCUCUUUUGCCCAGCGCUGCUCAGCUCCUAGUGAGGAUUGUGUUGGCGUGCAAAUCCAAAGCUUCCAUUUAGAACAAAGGCGCUGCAGGUCCUGCUCUCAGUAAGCAACGUGUUGCCAUGAAUGGGGGGGCCAGGUGUUCGGUUCAGCCUUCCGGUGAUGAAAUCCUUGUUGACUGUUGGGCUGUUUUCCAAUCAGCUGGGCUAUUUGGGAAGUGGCGGCGGACUCGCAAGGGGGAAAACCUGGAACAGAAGAAACCACUAGGCAAGACCGGGCCUAGUUUCUCCAGGUGGUUGGGGUGUGUGUGAGAUGGGAGUGUUGGGGGCUUCCUUCCUGCCCUUCAGCUGCAGCUGAAUGAGUGGUGGCGGCAGGGUGGGGUGUUCCGGCAGAGACUGUUUCUUUGCUGAAUCACCUACCUCCAGUGCUUGGGAAGAAGUCGGCAAAAAGAGCUAUUUGCAGUACCACCAUAGAGUGUCUAGUGCAGGAGGUACUGAGACCGUAGAACCUUUCCUUCGCCCCUUAUUUCCUCUCCUGCUUCCUCUCCCAGUGGCUCUUGCUAGCAUCUCCUUUUCCUGGUCCUUAUUCAAAACAAGUGGAAACUGAAAUGUGCAAGAGCAGCUUUGCAUUCUGCCUAGGAACUGCCACUGGCUUCUGAUUCUGCCCCGUCCUUUGUCCCUAGAUCCCUCUGCCUUCACCUUCUGCACCUGCCUUUUUGCCUCCCAUGGCCCUUACAAGCCACCCUCUCGUUGUUUCCAUCUCAGCCCCCUCCCACCCCGCUCCAUGGCAUGCUCUUAAAUUGUCUGGAAGGCGUCCUUGCGCACGCACACACACACACUUUUAUUCUCUGGGUGGAAUCUCGGAGAGGUUCAAGAUGCAAAAGCUGCCACAGUGUUCUUUGCUCACUGAUCAGAAGGAAAAAAAACCAUUAAAUUUGAACUA